UAGAAAUUGACAUGCUGUUUAAAAUGCAUAAAUAGGCUGUCAUUUUUAAUUAAUUGAUAUUAUAAAAAAACCAAAUGGAAAAAUAUGAAAGAUGGAAUAAAAUUGACUUGAUUAAAAAAAUAUUAGAACUUGAGACAGAAUUAAUCACGCUCAGAACUAAGAAUGAUAGUAAGAAUACUAAAAUCAGUCAAAAAGAUAUCAAUUUUAGGAACUAUACCAAGCGACAUAUUUUUUUAAAGAUUCUUUAUUUUGGAUGGGCUUAUAAAGGAUUUGUUGUGCAGGAUAAUAUUGAAGAUACAAUUGAAAAUCAAAUAUUUAAUGCUUUGUUAAAAACUAAACUAAUUGAAUCACGUCAGAAUUCAAAUUAUCAUAGAUGUGGUAGAACUGAUAAAGGUGUAAGUGCUUAUUCUCAAGUAAUUUCUAUUGAUGUGAGAAGUAAUUUGCCGUGUGGAACUGAUAUAUAUUCAUGGGAUGGUGAAAAUCUAAAUAAUAUAUCAUCAGAACAAAAUCAAGUGAAAAUCAAAGAAAUUGAUUAUUGCAAUGUACUUAACAAAGUUUUGCCAUAUGAUAUCAGAGUAUAUUCCUGGGCAUCUGUCCCUUCUAAGACAAGUGCUAGAUUUGAUUGCACUGAAAGAAUAUAUAGAUAUAUUUUCCCAAUCACGGGUAUACACAAUCAUUGGGAUUUAGAUAUAGCCGCAAUGAAGUUAGCAUCAAAAAAAUUGAUAGGACUCUACGAUUUUAGUCGAUUAUGUAAAAUGGAUACUAGAAAUGGGGUGACUAAUUUCUUGAGACACAUUCGAGAGAUUGAAAUCUACGAAUUCAACGAUAUAAUACGAUAUUUUAAAAGAAAGGGGGAACAUGUUGGAAAUACAGCUAGUCUAAUGAUAUGUGAAAUAAAAGCGCCAUCCUUUCUCUGGCACCAAGUUAGAUGCGUUAUGGGCGCCUUACUAACCAUAGGAUCGGAAAGAAAAAAUGCCGAUUAUAUUGAAUCCUUGAUUCUAUCCCCGAAUUUUGACCAAACAUUGAUAGUUAAAGGCAACUUAGAACCACCUAAUUCGAUUAAAUGUACAAAAAAUAAAUGUGAUAACGAUAAAAAUGUAAAGGUUUUAAAGUUGAUUAAUGAAGAGUAUGCCAUGGCACCCGAUUACCCGUUAAUUUUAUGGGAAACGGAAUAUGAAGGUUUGACUGAUUUGAAAUGGAGUUACGACAAAAGGACAUUGACCGAUGUGGUGGCCCAUCUUAGCGAGGUAUGGAUUAACUAUUGCGUCAAGGCUAAUAUGAUUAAAAUGGUGAUCGAUGAUUUGCUCUGCAAAUACGAAUUAGUAAAAGACAAAAGCAAUCAAGACAAAUCUACUCAAACCGAAAAGAAAAUGCGUCGACUUAUAAACCAACCACUGCUAAUUGAUCCUUAUCAGCUUUUAUUUCGACGACGUAUCAAAACAUGAUUUAAAUAAUUCUCUCACGAUUUUUAAAGUUUCUGUUAAAUGUAAAUAAAUAUGUUUUAUAUUAUAUACUAUAUUUAAAAUACAAACAAAGUUUAUAGCACAAUUAUAAUUUUUAUAAAAUACAAAACAUUUUUUAAAAUUU